CUGAUGUGCAGCAAAGUUCAGGCAGUCACUGCCAACGUUACAGAUCUGGGACGAAACUCGCUUCUAACGUCGCGCAAGUCGUUUAUUUAAACCAAUUAAUUUUAUUUUUUAGUCGUUUGGGGUUGGCCUUUAUAUUACAGUGGAAAGAAAACGCUUGGAGGAGAAAACAUGUCUAAAACAGAAAAUAAAGCCGCAGAAGAAAUGACAGAAGCGAUGGAAACUACGAUGCGGGUCCUUCAGGAGAGAUUCCUGGCCAUGUCAGAGCAGCUGGAGUCCAGAAUGGAUCAGAUGGGAAGCCGUAUUGAGGACCUGGAGAAGAACGUCUCUGAGCUGAUGACGCAGGCUGGAAUGGAGAAAGAGUCCGGUUCUAAGUGAGCAUGGAUGGGCUGCCUUCAUCUGUGUGAACUCUGUGUUUCUUUUCCAAUGGUGCUUUGGGAGCAGCUCUUUGGUGCGGAUCCUCUGUUUGGAUCUGUUGAUCCAAAUCCCUCCACUGGAGCUCCAACUGUAGUCUUGCUGGGGAGGGAUCCUGCUUCCGCCACCUCGCAACUAACUCCACCAGCUUUCCCACAUUAUGAGGAUGCCACCACCGUACAUCAGAGUGUAGAUGGUGUUUGGUUUUCAUCAUAAUCGGUGGUUCUACUCAUCAUCUGACCAGAACUCCUUCAGCAGGAUCUUCCUCUUUUCACUUUAGCUACAUAUCCAGACGAGCAUUGUCUUGCUCUGUGUCAAACCUUUUAUAAUGGACUUUCAUUUAAAGGGCUUUUUUUCUAUGCUUUCAAAUUUAUGGAGGUU